CAAGGAGAUGAAAAGCCCAUAAUAAUGAAGGCCUAAUUACACUGCACUUCCUUCUUUGUUUCCCGUUGCUGUGGAGACUUAUAGAAAAAACUCGGGAGGGUUCACACCCAUCGGAAUCACCAUGGAUUCUCCUCCUCCGACGAAGCUUGAAUAUCAUGAGGACAUGUUUAAACUUCAAUCCCAAGCCACGUUCCUCUCCUUAUUCAAGGGGGAAGAUGGACGUAUAGCUCUUAUAUUGGACUCCACCGUGUUUCAUCCGCAAGGUGGAGGCCAGCCGUCGGACACCGGUUUAAUCGAAUUCGCCGGUUCGGAUUUCAAGUUCUCGGUUCAAGAUGUUCGAUCCAAAGAUGGAAUCGUUCUCCAUUACGGAGUGUUCCAAGGUUCGAAUCCUGAAGAUGUUGAAAAGGGGAAAGAAGUUCACUUGCUUGUUGAUGAAUCAAGGCGUAAACUCAAUUCCAGGUUGCACUCAGCUGGGCACUUGCUGGAUUUGUGUAUGCAGAAAGUUGGGUUGGGACAUUUGGAGCCUGGGAAAGGGUACCAUUUCCCUGACGGUCCUUUUGUGGAAUACAAAGGAGUCGUUCCACAGGCUGAACUGCUGGUGAAGCAGAAAGAGUUGGAGGCAGAGGCUAAUGAACUAAUAUCCAAAGGAGGAAAGGUUUAUGCUGAUAUAUUACCCUAUGAAGAGGCAUCCCUGCUCUGUGGUGGCACUCUUCCUGAUUAUAUUCCCAAGGGCAGCACUCCCCGAGUCUUAAGAUUAGGUGAAAACCCUGGGUGUCCGUGUGGUGGCACCCAUGUCUCCGAUAUAUCUGAUAUCAUAAGCAUGAAGAUCACACAGAUGAGAACAAAGAAAGGAAUGACAAAAGUUUUCUACACCAUUGCAUCUUAAUUCCAGUAUACAAAAAAAAAAGUCAAGGGAAGGAAUUGAAGUGAUGACGACUGUUUCAAUCAGUUGGCUUCAACAGCAAGCAGCCUCUCCUGUGCUCAACAGCCACCAAUUAGUAUUUUGUGGGUAUUUUUUUUAUAUCAAAACUACUAAACGACUCUCCCUAUCAUUGAUAAGUCGUAUAUUGAUAUGAUAUUGAUGUGAUAUGAUCUUCCACUCAGCCUCUUAUUAGCAUUACAAUAUUGACUCUUGGUUUCUAUAAUCAUACCAAACAUUUGGUUCGAUAA